CUCGUCGACGGCCUGAGCAUCUCGUGCUCUUCGAAGGUCGUCACCGACCAGAUCUGAAUGGAUGACUCCCUCCUUCCUCUUUGUUGACGGUGCAACAAGGUAGUUCUUUGUAGUUUUCUUCUUAAGUAGAGCAAACAAGAAGCAAGAACACACGGCUCCUUUAGAGGAUGAAAGUUUUCCUGUGAUGAUAACAAAAACAUGUCUAGAAGAAGAAUAUCUAGAUUUAGAUACCAAGCUAAGAAUUGCUUUUACAUUAGUAGAAGAUAUGAAGCAAAUAUAUAACCAAAAUGAAGAUUUUCCCAGAUGCUACACAGGGAAUGAUGAACAAAAAAUAGCGGAGUUGUUUAACAUCCUCGAAAAAAUGAAAGUAGAAUUUGAAUCCCUGGAAAGACCAAAUUUGGAAUAUCAAUCAUCAAAAGAAUUAACAUGGCAUGGAAGCUCCUUAAAAUUGAAGCCUAAAGAAGGCUCAGUGAAGACCGAUUGGAAUUUGUUAGACUUCGAAGAAGGAACACCUGAGUGCAGCUCAUCAACAAAGCUUAGCAAAAGCCACAAGGAUAUUAUCGAUUGGGAGUUUGAUGCCUUAGGAAAUUGAUAGUGAUUUUGUAAGUAAGUAAACUGAUUGCUUGACAUUAAUUGGUGAAGUAACAUUGUUUACAUUAAAUUCGAAGUUAUUUAUUUUUCUUUA